UUAGGAAAAGGCCGUAUUUACCUCCCUUGGCAGCUCUUUGUUAAGGUCUUUUUGUAGUUGCUGCUAUUUUAUUCGCAUAUUCAGGUAGAUGUGGUGCUUUCAUCUGAUUUCAUCCAUUUAAAUUGCCGGAACUAGAAAGUUCAACGGCUGUCUGUAACACGCAGCAGGUCAGCUAAGAACCAGACUUAAUAAAAGACUGCCUAGAGGAGCAUAUUCAUAUAUGUGAUAUCUGAGAAAAGCAAACCACCAACUGCAGCAAAAAGAUGCAAAAUGAAAUGAUUAAACUGGUGAAAAAAGCUCAGAACAGGACGUGAUAAAGAACAGGCUGCCUUAAGGAGUAUUUUCAUUUGUUAUAUCUGUGAGAAGCGCACCACCAACAGCCAAAAGACACAAAAUGAUGAAAACAGAAGAAAAAAACUAUCACUGCACAUACAUGUACUGUAAUUAUAUGUCUUCUUUUGAAGAUAGUCUAAAACUACAUAUGACAUCCCAUACUAAAGAAAAGAACUAUAAAUGUGACACCUGUGGUAAAGCAUUUCCAUAUAAAAGCUACUUAAAUAUACACAAAGUAAAACACACUGAAGAGAAAUGUUAUGUCUGUGGAAUCUGUGAUAAGUCAUUUCGUCAUAAAUCUAGUCUCCUCAAGCAUAUGAAUAUUCACACUGGUGAAAAGAAUCACAGGUGUGAAACCUGUGACAUAAUAUUUUCUCAGGCAGGUAACUAUAAAAAACAUAUGAAAAUGUACCAUGGUGGGAUUGUUUAUAAAUGUGAAGUCUGCGAUGAAGAAUUUUCACAAGAACGUAAUUUAAAAAGACAUUUAACAACACACACUGGUGAAAAAGUUCAUAGAUGUGAAACCUGUAACAAAUCCUUUUCCCAGGCAUGUAAUUACAAAAGACACAUGAAAAUGCACUCUGGUGGGACUUUUUACAAAUGUGUACUCUGCGAUAAAAGUUUUUCUCAAAAAUGUAAUUUUAAAAGACAUUUAACAACACACACUGGUGAAAAAGUUCAUAAAUGUGAACUCUGUGAUAGUGCAUUUCCUCAAGCAUGUCAUUUGAAAAAUCAUAUUAUGACAGUGCAUGUCCGUAAGAAAAGUCAUGAAUGUGGUAUCUGUGCCAAAGCAUUUUCUUGUGAAAUAUAUUUGAAAAAACACCUGACAAUACACAAUAAAUUUUGUGAGAGGAAUUAUAAAUGUGGCAUAUGUGAUAAAGCGUACAACUUUAAAGAUGAUUUAAAAAGACACAUGGUCAUUCACACUGGUGAGAGGACUUACAAAUGUGACAUAUGUGACAAAGUAUUCACUUAUCAAAGUACUCUGAGGCGACACUUGUCAAUACACUCUGGUGAGAAUAAUUACAGACAUAAAACAAAAUUGAUCAUAUAACAUUAUGUUUCAUACUUGGACAAGCAACAAGUGUGACUAGACUUAGCUAUUUAAAUAUAUACAAAAAGGGAAAACUUUUUUUUAAUGCCACCGCAGCAUCUGCGAUGCGGUGGCAUAUAGCGAUUCACCUGUGUGUGUGUGUGUUUGUGUGUGUAUUUGUGUGUGUGUUAUAUAGAUUAUAAUUAUAGUGAACUUAAAAAAUCUUCUUGUGAAAAACCACUUGUCCAAUUUCAACCAAACUUGGCAGGAUUGAUCCUUGGGUGAAGGGCUCCCAAAGUUGUUCAAAGAAUUUCAUUCCAUGCAGAAAUCUGGUUGCCAUGGCAACCAAAAGGAAUUAUAAGAAUAAAGUUUAAAAAUCUUCUUGUAAAUACCUUAAAGGCCUAGAGCUUACAUAUUUUGCAUAAGGCAUCGUCUGGUAGACCUCUAACAAGAUUUUUCAAAUUAUAGCCCCGGGGUCAAAAUUGGCCCCGCCCCGAGGGUCAUUGAUUUUCACUAUAUGUACAUAUAGUAAAAACUAAAAAUACCUUCUUGUAAAGACCCAAAAAGCCUAGAGCUUAGAUAUUUUGCAUAAGGCAUUGUCUGGUAGACCCUUACCAAGAUUGUUCAAAUAAUAGCCCUGGGGUCAAAAUCAGCCCCGCCCCGGGGUCAUUGAUUUUCACUAUAUGUACAUAUAGUAAAAACUUAAGAAACCUUCUUGUAAAGACCCAAAAGGCCUAGAGCUUAGAUAUUUGCAUAGGGCAUUGUUUGGUAGACCUCUACUCAGAUUA